CUGUCAACACUGACAAUGGAAUCAACAUAAAGCCCAGAUUUAUCUGUAUAUAGCUUAAUUAAUUUGUUGUUUAAAACCAUUUUGUUAGAAUGGCGGCUGAAUCUCCUCGAAGAGGAGCCCGUUAUACCUGCGUUUCUGUUAGACCACAAGCGUACAGUGACAAAACUGUUGUGGAAAGUGUUGUUGAUUUCAUCUCAGAUGUUGUGCCACAGGCUUACAGUGGAAACCAAAAAGCCGAAGAUAAAGAAAAAAUUCUUUGGGUCAAAUUUGAAAAAUGUGAUGUAAAUGAUUUAUCUAUCAAUCCUAACUUCCAAGGCAGUGACCACAAAGGUGUUCCACUGGUUGUUAUUCUUGGAUACAGCAAUGGGGUUCAGAUAUGGCAUAUUACGCACAAUGGUGAAGCCCAAGAAGUGUUGUCACUCAGACAAGGCCCUAUACGAGUUCUCAAAAUUCUGCCAACGCCAACUCCAGUGUUUACUGAGGCUGAUAGUUUUGUUGAUAAAAGACCACUUGUUGCAGUGUGUGACUCAUCCAGUGCUGGUCAGCCAUUCUGUUCAGUGAAGUUCAUCUCUCUGAAGUCUGGUGAUGAAGUACAUAAUGUGUGCUUCAAAACUCAACCUGUUCACAACAUUGAAGCGAAUAAAAGAUUUCUUGUGAUAGUUUUCAAUGAACAAAUAACCGUUUUCGAGACUUGCCAGUUUAGAAAACUUUUCCGAAUUUCAGACUGCUACCCAUGCCCAGGGCCAAGUGUUAACCCUGUUGCACUUGGUACGCGAUGGCUGGCCUAUGCAGACAAAAGACUGGUGUCGAUGCACCAGUCCUGUGGAGGGAUGUCGGGGGAUGGCGCUCAGUCGUAUGCUGCCACUGUCAUCAGUGCAGCCAAGGGAGCAUUCAAAGGUCUGACGAUGUUUGGAGAAGCCAUGAUGAGCAGUGUAACGGGAGCCAAGCCCAGCUCGGCAUCCAAGAAAAGCGAGCCUGCAGUGCAGACUGACAACACGUACAGACCAGGCAUCGUCUCCGUUGUUGAUCUGCAGAAGGUCAAUGGAGACCAUUUUUACGUGAAUGACGAUCUCGACUGUGAAGGACUCAUAGGUCACUUCCACGCUCACGCUAACGAACCUGUCGCUGCGAUGAGUUUCGAUCCGAGUGGAACACUGCUGCUCACCGCCUGCAAACUGGGACACAACUUUCACCUGUUCCGACUGAUGGCACACCCCUGCAGCUCCUCCCUGGGUGCGGUGCACCACCUGUACACCCUACAUCGUGGAGACACAACGGCCAAGGUCGUCGACAUGACUUUCACGCUAGACAGCCGCUGGGUGGCGGUCAGUACACAUCGGGGCACAACACAUGUUUUCCCAGUUACACCUUACGGAGGUCAAGUGAGCAUGAGGACUCAUUGCCACUCACGUGUUGUGAACCGAAUGAGCAGGUUCCACAAGAGUGCGGGUCUCGACGAGAUCGGGCACACAGCUCCGGGUCGACACAGUCCCGUUCUGUCGGGUAGUCCAGGAUCUACAGGUGUUCAUGACCACUACCCCAGUCUGAUCAGACACAAUGCUCUGAACAACAACAUGGGCAACCCCCGCCUGCCACCUUACCCACACCCCACCACCGUGUACCCCCUGGCACAGCUCAAGCCACAGCUGUGUCUGCCAGGCCUGGGAACGGGCGUGACCUCUGGGGUCCAGCAGCACAGCCCCACCCACACGACGACGGGCAAGGACAAGGUUUACAGUGUGUCGGCCUGUUUCUCAGCUCAGAGACUCUGGGUAGCCGGAGCCCAGACCCUCACUGUUGAGAGAAGAGAAACUGGAAAGAAACCCAUUGAUUCGCUGUUUGUGGUUGGACAAUCGGGUGUAUUGUUGGAGUACAACUUGGAACCAAAGCAUCGGACUGGAGACAAAACCUCAGAAGAAUCACCAUUAGAUCUCGCAGUGACUGGACGACUGCAGUGGUUACUACAGAGAACAAAAACGUCUCUUGAAGUCCAGCCUCCUCUACUUAGCAACAACCCUCUUCUCCUAGCAACAGAGGCAGUGGUUACCCAGCAACCGACGUGCAAUCCAGAUCAAACCGAAUCAGCGCCAGUCUCUCGUCAUGGAUCUAAAGACAGCCUUUCAUCUGACCACAGCAACAAGGAUGAUUAUGAUGCUCAGUGGCUCUCACAGGUUGAAAUAAUAACGCACAUAGGUCCUCAUCGUCGUUUGUGGAUGGGGCCCCAGUUCUCGUUCAAGACGUACCAAAACAUGCAGAACACGACGGUGCUGUCGUCCACAUCAUCGGCGCUGCUGUCACAUAGCCCCGAGUCAAACAUCGCCACCAUGGACUACGUGUCGGACGACAUCUGUGAACUGGAGAGCCUCAAACUGCACCCUGCUCGGUCCAGCCCAGUGGCCAUAACGUCCGCUAGGCCAGCAUAUCGGAAGUCAUCGUCUAACGAGUACACCGCGUCACCAGACAGACGGGGUCAGUGUGCCAUGGGCCAGCUACUCAUUGAGGCGGGAAGUUUUGACCAGUCACCCAACCUGAAUGAUGUUCUGUGUGGCUGGGCGGAAUCUAACGUUGCGCGGCAGCCCCGGGGCAGUGAAGAGGAGGAAGACAGACUGAAGGAGACGCUGGCUGACGCGAUGGUGGAGUCGCCCAUGAAGGACUGCGGCCCAGACAGUAUGCGAGAAGAUGUGUUCCACGGCAGCAAUGAGACACUGAGCACGAGCUCUGGCUCCAGCAACUGUAACCUACCGACGCGGGGAGGGCUCACCGAGGGGGGAGCCUACAGCAUCUUCCCCAGCAGCAGCACCGGAUCUCCGGAUCUCCUCGGUUGAAUCCGGUUGCAGGAUGAUGGUGUCAUACAAGUGUUUAAUUUUAUCAAAGUCCUACAUUAAAACAAUGCAGAAAAUGAUUUGAUUUUUUUUAAUGUAGCUGUAUAUUUUGUGGUUGAUUUUGUAUGUCAGAUUUAAAGAAGAAAUAGUAUUUAUUUAGCUCGAGUCUAAUAUUAUACAUGUAUUUAGCAGAACAUGAAUUAACUUUGGAAUUAAGUAGAGGUCAUAAAAUGGGGCUGUUUUUGGUCUGUUUGUCCAUUUUAACCAUAUGGUUGGUAUAUCAGAAAACAUGAUGUGUAUUUGUGUGACACUGACGGUAUGUAUCUAAAAGAACUCUUGCUGCUGUUUGAAACUCUCCCCCCCCCC